GGUUGCUGAUCUCGACGCGAUGGAUGUGGUGUUUGGAGAGCUGAUGAUCGAUGGAGGCCGAGAUGAAGCAGAUUACAUUAGCGGAGAUGGCAUCGUCGGCGGUGGCUUUGCUACUCUCCAUCGCAUCUCUCUGUGCGGUGGUUGUGUGGCUCGAUUUGCCGCUGACUGGGACCAAGUGCGUGUCAUAGAAGAUCUAGGCGAAUGUGGUGAUGCUCACCGACCAUCCCUGAUGCAGAAUAUCACUGCUCUUCCGACCCUGCCAUCGCUGUCAAGAUUGACACUUCUAAAUAUCAAGAGCUUCACUCCUACAGUCCUAUGGCAACACAUUGUAGCAGUGGCAACCACCACACUGUUCAGGUCAUGUCUUUUCAAGUCUAGAAGAAUAUGAUUACCAUAAUUUCAAUCUUUAGAGCGUCUGAAAGUUCUUGAGAUUUAUAUCUUUUCCUAUUAGUUUCCAUGAUCUGUUGUAAAAACACAAAAGGGAUAAUUCAUUGAGGAAUAUGAACUGCAAGUAUAUGCAUUUAGUAGUUGCAGUACUUGAGACAAAGGAGAAAUUUAGCUUGCUUAGUAGGUGAGCUAUGCAGUUAUGUACUACCAACCAUUUGUUCUUCUUUUGAAGUUAACAUUCAGCUCAUACUUCUCUGGGUAUAUUUACAAUGCUCUUAUAACUUCUCUGUUUUAGCUUCUGAAAAUACUAGAAUCUUUCCUUGUCAUUUAUGCUCCAGAGAAGUAUGAAUACAAUCCAGGUUGUUUUUUCUUCGGUAGACAAUCUGGGAUGUUAGCUUGAUAAACUUGAAUUGAGCAUGCAGAUGUUACCGUUAGCUUCUUAAAUACCAUUCUGAUGAUGUGUUAAUUAACUAGGAUCUGCAGCAAGUUUGCAUACCUCUGGUGUUAACUUUAGUGAUAGUUUCUGAAACUUGAGUGCAUAGUACAACUUAGUACCAACUACACGUUGAUUUCAUAUAUGGUGUUUUUGCUGCACAUGGGUUAAACAAUCAGAGUCGACAUCAUUUUUUCCCCUUGUAGUCUUGAACUAGCAGGUUGUAAUAAACCAUGCUAUAUGUGGCCUUAUCAAGUCUUGAAGAAUAUCAUUACCAUGAUAUGUGUGGCCGAUAGCUCUCGAUGCACCAGUUUUGUGUCGUCAGUUUGUCCAAUUUUUUUAAUCAUCUUUCAGGUUCUAUGUUUUUUCUUUAUUAUUUUAUUAGCUAAAUUACAAUGUAACUGCUAGCAUGAGUCAUAUAUGGGAGUGCAGUCCGAAAGUUAGAGGAUGACAUGGUCUGCAAUAAUGUUCAGAUUCUAAAUUUUAUAUCGCUAGAAAUCCGGAAGUAUUAUCCAUGUUAUGUGUUAUUUUUCCAGGCUUACUCUUGGUUGGUUUGUCGGUAGGGGAUUAUUGGUCAGGAGUGAGGUAUC